AGAGGGGGGUCCAUUUCCAGCGCCUGGUUUUCUCAUUUUACAGAUUCCUGCUCUAAAAUUUCUACUACUUGUAGUCAACGUCCUUAGAAAAUUGCUAACGGACUGCUCUGAUGUCACCAUCAAAACAAAGCUCUUUCUGAGAUCAAGAGAAUGCUAUGUAAAACAGUCACCAAGAUUUUUAGUAGAAAUGAACUAUACAUUGGGGUUCUUUCACUCUGCAACUCCAUGUCUUUGAAAGAGGGUCUGUGUGUUCACAGCCCAAUUAUCAAACUGGGUCUUCAACGUGACCUCUAUUUGAACAACCACUUAUUGUCUCUUUACGGGAAAUGCUUUGGAGUGGGCAAUGCACGCUACUUCUUCGACGAAAUGCCUUACAAGGAUGUUGUAUCCUGGACUGGAAUUCUGUCUACUUGUGUCCGAAAUGGAAACCACGCUCAAGCUCUUGAAUUGUUUGGUUCAAUGAUAAAUUUCGGUCACUAUCCAAAUGAAUUCACGUUGUCGAGUGCCUUAAGGUCAUGUUCCGCUUUAGGGGAUUUUCACUAUGGAACUCGUAUUCAGGCCUAUAUGGUAAAGAAUGGUUACGAUUCGAAUCCAAUUUUGGCAAGUGCUUUGAUUGGCCUGUACUCCAAGUGUUAUUGUACUGAAGAAGCAUAUGAAGUUUUUGGACAUAUGGAUGGUGGUGAUGUUGUUUCUUGGUCAACAAUGAUCUCUUCAUUGGUUCAAGCUCAGCAAUGGAGUCAGGCUUUACAGUUGUACAUCCGAAUGAUUAAGGUGGGGAUUCCUCCUAAUGAGUUCACCUUCGUGAAGCUUCUUGCUGCAUCUAGUUCUCUUGGUAUAAGUUUCGGAAAAUUAGUUCAUGCCCAUAUGAUAUUACUAGGAAUUGAGGUGAAUGUUAUUUUGAAGACAGCUCUUGUUGAUAUGUACUCGAAGUGCCGGAGGAUGGAAGAUGCAGUCAAGGUCUCAAAUCGGACACCUGAACAUGAUGUGUUCUUAUGGACUGCUAUUAUAUCCUGUUUCAGUCGAAACAUGAAGGUCAGGGAGGCUGUUGGUGCAUUACGUCGAAUGGAGAUGUCCGAAAUUGUACCAAAUAAUUUUACAUAUUCAACUGUCCUAAAUGCUUGCUCAUCAAUUUUAUCACUGGAACUGGGGGAACAGGUCCACUCACGGGUGAUUAUGGCAGGCUUGGAGGAUGAUGUUUCUGUUGGAAAUGCACUGGUUGAUAUGUAUAUGAAAUGCUCCAACCUUAUAGACAAUGCUUUGAAAGUAUUUGGAGGGAUGGCCUCACCAAAUGUGAUCACUUGGACUUCUCUGAUUGCUGGCUUUGCUGAACAUGGUUUUGAACCAGAUUCUUUUCAGGCUUUUUUGGAGAUGCGAGCAGUGGGGUUACAACCAAAUUCAUUUACUCUCUCUAGCAUUCUCGGUGCUUGUAGAACAAUAAAAUCUCAUGGUCAAACUAUGAAGCUCCACGGAUACAUAAUAAAAACCAAAGCAGAAAAAGAUAUAGUUGUGGGGAAUGCUCUUGUAGAUGCUUAUGCUGGAUUGGGGAUGGUGGAUGAAGCAUGGUGUGUGAUUAGAAAAAUGAGUCACAGAGAUGCCAUCACAUACACAACUUUAGCCACAAGAAUGAAUCAAAUGGGUCAUCAUGGCUCAGCGUUAAACAUCAUCACGCACAUGAACUAUGAAGACAUUGAGAUGGAUGGAUUUAGUAUGGCGAGCUUCUUAUCUGCAUCAGCCAGCUUGGGCUCAGUGGAAGCCGGAAAGCAACUACACUGUUGGUCUGUGAAAUCUGGUUUGGGUUGCUGGCUAUCAGUCUCAAAUAGCCUAGUUGACUUGUAUGGGAAAUGUGGCCGCAUGCAUGAUGCACACACAGCUUUUAGGGAAAUAGAUGAGCCUGAUGUUGCAUCAUGGAAUGGGUUGAUAUCUGGGUUAGCAUCGAAUGGUUAUUUCUCCUUCGCUUUAUCUGCCUUUGAAGAUAUGAGGUUAGCGGGAGUCAAAUCCGAUUCAGUUACAUUCUUGUUAGUGCUUUCUGCUUGCAGUCAUGGAGAUUUAUUGGACCUGGGUCUUGAGCAUUUUCGUUCUAUGAGAAAUAUACACAAUAUGGUACCACAAUUGGAUCACUAUGUUUGCUUAAUUGAUCUCCUUGGACGAGCUGGCCAGCUAGGGGAGGCAAUGAAAGUGAUUAAGACGUUGCCCUUCAGGCCAGAUGCUUUGAUAUACAAGACAUUGUUGAGUGCCUGCAGAUUACAUGGGAAUGUACCUCUUGGGGAAGACAUGGCAAGGCAAGGUCUCAAUCUUCACCCAUCCGAUCCAGCUUUCUAUAUACUACUUGCAAACUUGUAUGAUAGAUCAGGCCAGUCCGACUUUGGUGAAAAAACUCGUAGGUUGAUGAGAGAAAGAGGUCUGAGGAGUAGUCCUUGCCAAAGCUGGAUGGAGACAAGAAACCAGAUUCAUGUCUUCACUGCAGGACACGGAUCGCAUCCAGAAAUUACUAAAAUUAAGGCAAAAAUAGAAUCACUUAUGAUUGAAUUCAAGCACCGGGGAUAUUUAUACCAUAGCAAUGGAGAUAGAUCUUAUCAUAGUGAGAAACCAGCUACUGCUUUUGGUCUUCUUAACACACCAUCAAAGGCCCCAAUACUCAUAAUCAAGAAUACACGCAUGUGCAUGGAUUGCCAUAGCUUUAUAAUGCAUGUAACUGAAUUGGUUGACAGGGAAAUAGUAUUAAGGGAAGGGAACCGGGUCCAUUCUUUCAAGAAGGGUCGCUGCUCAUGCAGAGGCUGUUGGUAGUUGUCAAUAGAGGGGGGAAACAUAUCGAUCUGUUCUUGUGUACGCCAUGAUCAUGAAUUUCUUCUCUGAGGACAACAUUCAUUGUGCUUCUACGGUGACA